AGAAAGUGCUCUCACUUCCCAUACCUUCUCUCCCCUCUCUCUAUCUCCAAAACCCAUCCUCCUCUCUGCAUCACGACCACAGACUCUCCGGCGAGCUCGGAGACCUCGUCGUCCGUCCCCAUCAUCUCAACAAUUAUGAGCAGUAGCGGCGGCGGCGCUGCUAGUGCCAGCGCCAGCGCCAGCUUCGAGCAGCACGCGAAGCGGCGUCCCCCGUCGGGACCGUCGUCGCAGCAGCAGCGGAAGCUGCGGCUGAAGCUGUCGGUGAAGGACGACGAGGACGUCGCCGCGGGCGUCGUGCCGCCGGUGACAGUGGUCCUGGACGGGCGCUGCAUCUGCCACCGCGUCCACCUCAACCGCCACACCGGAUACCGCAGCCUCGCGGGCGCGCUCCGCCGCAUGUUCGUCGACACGGACGCCGCCGCGGACGAAGAACAGGGGGAGGACGGGCUCGACAUCGCCAAUGCCAUCCCGGGCCACGUCGUGGCGUACGAAGACAUGGAGGACGACCUCCUCCUCGCCGGCGAUCUCAAGUGGAACGAUUUCGUUCGUGUAGCUAAAAGGAUCCGAAUCAUUCCUGUCAAGAAGUCAAGCAGGACGAAGAAAUGCGGAGGAGGUCUCGACAAUUAAUCGCUGCACUUUAUUCAGCAUCACAUGUAAUUAGUUAUCUACUUGGUAAAGUGGUGGGUCACUUAUCGUUUAUUUGUUUGUCUUAGGUCCUGUUUGUUUGAGAUUAUAAUCCACCUAGAUUAUAUAAGCUGAAUUAUGGGUCAUGAGUACUAUUGUAAAAAUCAUCUUGUGAUUAAUCUGAAAUAAGCUAGCCUUGAGCAGCUUAUUUGAGAUUAUUCGUGGUUUCAUAGUGAUCCCAUGAUGCUUUUUAACUCUACUACUCUUGGACCAUAAUCCAGCUUAUACAAUGAAAAAAACAGGACCUUGUUGUUAAAGACCUAUAGCAAAGAAGCAUAUAAUCAAGUCUGUGUCGGCCUCUCCCGCGAGUCAAUGACAGUCGAUGUGUUGGUUU